AUGUCGUUACAAGAAGAAGAAGAAGCGGACUCUGAUUAUUCCCUAGACUAUGAAUUUUUGGGCCCUCGUACACCAGUAUAUAGAAAUGACCAAGACGCCGACUCCGAUGCCUCGGAAUUGUCUUGUUCGUCUUCAUGUCAUGAGGGUUUCGACAUGUGGGACGAGGAUCCUUAUAGUACAAACGAUUUUACUUGGGAAUCAAACGACAUGAGAUUAACUGGCUUUAUAAAAGAAAGACAAAAAGAGUUAAAUAAAAUCAACACUAUUGCGCCUUGGAACAAUUCAACUUUUUGGAAAAAAGAGAAAGGCUGGCCAAAGCAAUUACCAUCUUCCAGUUCCACAACCAAUCAUGAUCAGUCAGCAAAUGCUUUAUCACUUGUUUUGUCUGAUUAUGGACUAUCCGAAAGUCUUCAUGCUGUGUACAGAGAUCGAAUUGUGGAAUGUGGAAAAUUCAAUAAGAAUUGUCACACUAAUGAUAUUAAAAUCAACAACACCAAUUUAAAGAAUAUCACAACAUGGCUCGAUACCAGUUCCGAUACGACUAACGACACGAUAAAUGAAACCAGUACUAAAUUUAUUGAAACCCACGCAUCAGUGCCUCUUGAGAAACAAUCAACUCCAAUUCAACAUUGUUCGCAUAAAGCACUUCCAAGUAGCACAAGUAACAAUAACUUUCUUUCCAAAUUCACACCUUUCACAAAGUACAUAAAACGAUCACAAUUUCCGGCGACAUUUCCUCAAGACGCAUACCUCUCUUUGGGAUUUGAGCCGUUAUGUUUGGCAGAGAAAUACGGUUACAUGGCUAUCGGUGGUCAUUUGGUGUGUGUUGGUGACGACGCCUAUGUAUUCCAUUUGGCUGUAUCAUUUAACGAGCAUGAAAACAGGCUUGAAUUUGGAUCACCGCAAAAGAUCAGAAUCCCAUUAACUGUAACUACAUUUUCAUCUCAAUACGUUUCAUGGAGUAAAUCUUCAUUAUUUUUUGCACAUACAUCAGAUACCCAUAACACUGUAUUUAUAUGGAAAACACAACCAAAAUUCGAAAUGUUGUAUAGGAUUGAUGCUGGAGGUUAUACCUAUGCUAUACAGUUUCAUCCGCAGCAAGAAGGUGUACUUACUUUUUCAAAUAGAUAUGGGUACAUUCAUACCGUCAAUCUGGAUGAAGUCAUUACACGCGCUGAUCCGAAGAAAACCAUUAGCAUCUUUGACUAUAAUCAAGACCCUCAAAUAUUCGCAAGGCAUGAAAUCACUAUGGUCUCAUUUCGCGGCGAAAAAGAUAGAAAGUUGAGAAUUCUUGCUAAAAUUAAUGGAUUGCAGUGGUCAAAAGACGGCUCUUAUCUAUAUGUAUCAACCAAAAAACGCGUGUUAGCAUAUGAAUUUAUACAGUCUUCAAGACAAAUAAGAAGCCUAGAAAAAAUGGCUGGACUAGAAGCAUUGUCCAUACUACAAGAACAACAAAAAAAAAAGAGAAAAAAUCAAGACAUGGAAUCAUCUGAAGGAAAAAAAAAAAGAAAGCUUUGGUCUAGGAAAUGGAAUAAUAUACCAGCACAUGUUCGAUACAACAUGCUAGGCAAUACCAACUUGGCGAGCCAUUGGUAAAAUCUGUAAUCAUUAUCUGUAAAUUAGUUAAAUAAAGCCCACUUUAAUUUUUAU